AUCCUGAAUCCUGGUUACACUCAGAGAGCACACGGACGCGGAGGACAGCAUCUGCAGGACUUCGCCGUUUUAAACGCUUUUUAAAAACGGUCAACAUGGCUGUGGCUGAAGCAGUGAUGCCUGCCUUAAUCUCGUUUCCGAGUCUCAAAGGACUGGAUAAUGUGGAUGAGGGUGUGCAGAACAGCGCAACAGGUGACGCAAAUAACCCGCCGUGGGAAGUGGAGUUCAACAUGGUGCGUUCUCCUGCUUUACCCUCCAAAGAUGACGACGAGCUGGGAAAGUUUUUGGAUCUCGAUUUUAUUUUGUCCAACACCAUCGGCCGCGAUGCUCUAAGCGACAGCGACGGCAAUGGGAACAUCCCACCAACGCAGCAGCAGAACUGCAUGUAUUCUCUCCCGGAUUCGCCGGAAAGCUGCAGCGGUGGUUCCGUGCCAGAGUGCAGCGAUCAUCCUCCCUCUCACCUGGGCUGCCACGGGACUGCAAACGUCGCAAAGUCGAGCCCACCUCACAGUCUUAUGGUGGAGCUUCUCAGGCCUGAGAUGGGUUACCCGGCUGAUGCUUCACCAGACUGCGCAGGCAAGGAGAGAGACGACCGGGAAUUCACCGAACUGCGAGCUUUGAAUUCUGCUUCAAUUCCAUCGGCUCCCCUUCACCGCCCAGCUGCCACCGCACCGAUCCCGCUUGGAUAUAAAAUCAAAAUCGAGUCUGGGGGUCCAUCUUGCAUGAUGGCCGCAAGCAGUGGGAACUUUAUGGAACACGUUCACGGGAAAAACCUAAUGCAACCAGUAACCUUUACGCACCACCAGGCUGCAUUCCAUGGUGGGUUGCAGGCUCACGGCGCGCAUCCCAUGCAGCACGCUGCAUCCCACGGACAUACGGCACACUACCACUUAAAUGCGCAAAUGAGCUCUCACCAUCCCAGUAAUCAAAGCCAUCUCCAGGGCCAAUAUAUGAACGCGCCAUAUCACCCGAUUUACGCACAUCAGGGUGCGCCAUCGUUUCAGGGACACUACAACGCGCAGAGAGAGCCGGUCCACGUUCACCAGCAGCAGCAGCAACAGCAUCCACUGUCGAUGCAGGGGAUGGUGCUCACUCCUCCCUCUUCUCCUUCUCCGGUUCUGCUCGAGUUUUACUCGCAGGAUGAGGCCGGGUGCAUGAAGCAGAAACGAGCCCGCAGGUCGUGGGCUAGAAAACGUGCUGCCACCCACAACUGCGAGUUCCCCGGCUGUGGAAAGACCUACACAAAGAGCUCCCAUCUCAAAGCGCACAUGAGAACACACACAGGUGAGAAGCCCUACCACUGUAACUGGGAAGGAUGCGGCUGGAAGUUCGCCAGAUCAGACGAAUUGACCCGCCACUUCAGAAAGCACACCGGACACAGACCCUUCCAGUGCCACCUCUGCGAACGUGCCUUCUCCCGUUCAGACCACCUGGCUCUCCACAUGAAGAGGCACAUGUAGGCCACAGUUCUUCUGGACUCUUGCAUCCAUAAGAAUCCACCCCUCAGAAGAGGACCGACUUGGUUUCGCCCUGCUGGACUGUCCAAAAUCUGUGUAGCAUGAACUGUUCCCCCAGAUGGACAGUUGCAGUUGUCACCUUCCACUCCCCUCUUAUAUUUUUAUUACCACUUGUAUCAUAUACUGCUAAAUUAAGUGCCUCUGGUGGUUACUGUACAUACAGAAUCUGUGCAUACAUGUAUAACACUGCCUAAAUUAUAGUUCAGUAGUAUUUAAGACACUUCCUCACACUGUCUCUAAAAUAAGUUAUUGACUUGACGUGAGUGCCUUUCCAGAAUUACAUAGGCCUAUUUGCUCAUCCUGAGCAGUUUUUGUAUUUUUGUAAUGUUUACAUCUUGUAUCUUUGAUACUAUAAUCAGUCAGGGUGGUAAUGACUUUUUUGUAUUCUGUUUUCUUAUCGUAGAUAAACAUUUGCUAAGCAUUGUAGACUGCUGUGGAUCUUUAUAGUUUGGUUCAGCAAAGAUUCAGGUACUAAAGAUUGUUUAUAGGAUCCCAAGAAACCAGUGCAGUGUGAAAUGUAUUAUUUUUUUUAUGAGAGUUUUUGGCAAAGUUGUCCCUGUGUUUUGUUUUGUUUUGUUUUUUAUGUUUGCUGUGAGAGAAUCCACUGCAACCAAUGGUCUAUUUGGUGUACUUGAAAAUGAAAUUGCAGAGCUAACAGUGUCAUUCUCCUAACAUGCAGUUGUUUUAAAUUGCGCUCAAGUGCUCCAAAAUAAAAGUUUGUUUACAAAUGCA